GGUCGAGUCGGCCGCCGCCGCCCGAGCUGGCCACACGUGCGUGUGUGGGGUCCGCGCCGGGCUGGCCGCUCGCCCCGCCGCCACCACCGCUGUCUGUCUGUCUGUCUGUGUCGGAGACCGCAGCCACUGCAGACGCCACCGCGGACAGACAGUGUCAGUGCGUGGUGCAGCCGAGUGACGACCUCCGCCACCCUCGUCACUCAGAGACGCCGGCCAUGACUGGAGAGGAGCGGGGCCCGACCGCCCCGCCGCCGCCUAGGGACCUCCUGGACGCCGUGGACGCCGUCGAUACGCCGCCGCCGCCCCCGCCCCCGCCCGCGCCCGCCGACGGCCGCCCACGAGAUCUGCUCGACCACAUCGACUCGACGUCGGCGACAGUGACUGCGACGGGUGACGAUGACACCGACUCGCAAGACGUGUUGAACGAAACGGGCGCGACAAACGUGACCGACAAGGUAGAACGGUCUGGGGAAGAGGCUAUCGCUAAGAGCGCAGAGACAGACACGACGGAGGCCGAUGUUGCUGUUAACGCUGAGUCUGCGCCGCUGAAGGUGGAUCCUGUCCAGGGUCCAACCGCAGAAGUGACGUCAGAGGUGAGGACGAGCGUGGAAACGGCGGCGGAGACAGAAGCGAAGACGAAGGCGGAGAAGGAGACGAAGGAAGAAACGGAGACAAAGGCGGAGACGGAGAUGGAAGCGAAGGCAGGGGAAAAGGCGGAGACGGAGACGGAGUACACCGCUCCGUCAGCAGAGGCGGCGGAGGCAGCAGCAGCAGAGUCGGCUCCGAGGGCCGUCUCGUCCGGGUCCCUAUCGGAGGAGCGGGACUCGGACGACGCGGAACUCGAACCGCAGCCUGCUCCGCCGGCAGAGGUGCCGCCGGCGGACCGUGACGACUCAGCGGAGAGUCCGCCCAGCGCCGCGGAACCGUCCGCUCAACCGCCGUCUCCGGAUGAGGGUGGCUCACCAGCAGAGGAGUGCGAAACUCAGACCGAGAUAGCAGAGAAACAAGAGAUUCAAGAGGAAGAGAGGCGAGCAGAGAUUACAGAGGGACAGGAGGAUGUCUCAGAGGAGCAGGAUUCUCAGCUGGAGGAACAGAGUGAUGCUGCUUCAGAACAGAAGAUGGAGGUUUGUACUGAGUCACAGAGUUCGUCUGUGGAGUCGCUACGGGAGGAGGAGGUCUCUCUUCCAGCGGAAGUGGAAGUCUCAUCAACUGAGACCAGUCAGGAGUCCACAUCAGAGGCGACGGUGGUUGCGCCGCCGCAGCAGCCGGAGUCCGUACCAGUAAAUGGAGAGCAUCCGUUGUCAGAAACAGAGCGGGCGGCGGCUGCCGACGCUGUCGCCAUGCCGGCACCGGCAACGGCGUCAUCCGCAGAAUCUUCAUCAUCGUCAUCGACGUCAUCAGUAGCGGCGUCAUCAUCGGCGUCGUCCACAGCGUCAUCGACAGGCCCGGCGGCGGCGGUGGAUGACGGCCGGAAGCAUCGGGAACAGCCGAACCUGCGGGCCGUACCUACCCGCAGUAACCUGAAGAGGAAGAGCGACGGCACGACAGGUGACAGCGCACCAAAGCGGCCGCGGCGGGGCAUCCAGUUUGACGGUGUCACCGUGUUCUACUUCCCGCGCGCGCAGGGAUUCACAUGCAUCCCGUCUCAGGGCGGCAGCACACUGGGUAUGGCCGACGAGCACAGUCACGUGGAGCGGUUCACGCUGACUGAUCAUGUCAACGAGCAGCGGAUGGCACACCGCGAACUGCUCACCCGACUGAGGGUCAAACAGAGGAAGCUGCAGCGUCUGGCGCCGUUCCAGCCGUCGGCCAGCAGCAGUGAGGAGAGUGACGCCGGCUCCGAGGAGGGCAGCGACCUCUCCGACUCGGAGCUCGACGUCGACAGCUACUUCUUCCUCAGGCCGGUGUCGACGCGGCAGCGGAGGGCUCUACUGCGAGCCUCCGGAGUACGUAAGAUUGAACCGAUGGAGAAGGACGAAUGUCGAGACAUCCGCACCUCGCGAGAGUUCUGCGGCUGCGCGUGCAAGGUGGUUUGCCGACCUGACAACUGCCAGUGUGCAGGUGCCGGCAUCAAGUGCCAGGUGGACCGACAGAACUUCCCCUGCGGCUGCACCCGAGACGGCUGCCAGAACCCCUCCGGCCGCAUCGAGUUCAACCCCAGCCGCGUGCGCUCUCACUUUGUGGAGACCAUCAUGCGCGAGCAGCCUCCGCCGCCGGCGCCCGGUCCAUCGGGGCCGGGUCCGGGCGGGGCGGGCGCCGCCGGCUGGGCGAGCUGCGGCUGGCAGAAAACGGCCGGCUGCGCCGCCUCGCCCGGCCAGCAGUACAUGGCCGAGCAGGAGUUCCCGAACGGCGGGUACGCGGCGACCGGGGGAGGGGCAGCGUUCGCCGAGCUGUCCGCCCCAUACCAGGAGGAUUCAUCCUACUCGGAGAACAGCGACGGCAGCAGCGACGGCAGCUACGAGACGGCCGGCGCGGCGGUGGCGGCCGCCCCGCCGCCCGCCUACCAGCCGCCGCAGACGCAGUCGCACUACUCGAGCUUCUCGUUCGAGGGUGGUUUGCAGAACUACGGGCCGCUGCCGGGCGCGGCGCCGCCCUACCAGACGGCGGCGCUGUCCGGCUAUCCGCAGCCGUACACGGUCUGCCAGAGCUACACGGCCAGCUCGCACUACCCGGCGCCGGCGCCGCACUACAGCUACCCGUUCAACAAGUACCCGACCUCGGGGCCGGGCCCGGGCGGCGGCGGCGCGCCGGUGGCCAGCGCCGCGCCGCCGGCCGCCGGCUACCCGCCGUCGUGCGGCUACCCGAGCUACCCGGCGGCGGCCGGCUGCUCGUACGAGCCGGCGCCGCCCGUGUACGCGGCCGCCGGCCCGUACGACCCGGCCGCCUGCUCGUACCCGGCGGCGGCGCCGGCGGCGAGCUUCGCCGGCCCGCCGGCCGCCGGCGCCGCCGCCUUCCCGCCGGAGCCGGCCGCGCCGGCCAACACGGGCGCCGCCGCCGGCGACGAGCGCAAGUACACGGACCUGCGGAGCGUGCCGCGGCCAGCCGGCGGCCAGCUCGAGUCGCUGGCCGACCUGCUGCAGGACAAGUUCGGCGGUUGGGCGGCGUCCGGCGCCGGCAGCGGCGGCCCGACCGUCACCUCGGCCGCCAGCACGGCCGGCACCGCGUCCUACUGCGGCACGCCGCCCUCCGAGGACUCGGGGGUCGAUGUGGACGAGUGCGCAGCCAAGCACGCGCCGCCCGCGGACGAGAACAUUGGCCAGAUUAUGAAGAAGACAAUGGUUGAGAGCGUGUCGGCGUGAGGCGCUCCCGCCGCCGCCGCCACCCCUGUUUGAAACGCCAGACAUGUGUUGCAAUGUUUUUAUGGUUAUUUAACUGACAUGGGAGGAAACGAAAAGAGGGAUUUCUAGCUAAGGCCGUAGUUCCAAAGCUGUCUUUCAGAGAGCAAAUAAACACGGGAUGAUUGUUACAGUGCUGACUUGGCGGAACCUGGCCACGGUUUUUCGGUCACUUUGGCAGAACGCACGACUAACUCAGCGCGCCUGAGCGUCACAUCGGAGGCUGGAAUAUUUCUCUCUGCAAUCAAAACGAUUCGACGCGUGGCUACCGGCGACAAUACUGUGAUAUUUACAAGGUUGCAGCUAGCAGAUAUCCCAUAUACUCUGUACAUAGCGGCAUGCGGCGGGGGUGGGGCCCCCGCGCCAUCUCGGUAUGUGUUAGCUGUAGCCUUUGUUCGUGUUGUGUCGUCCAUAGGCGCUCGUGCUUGUUUGUUUGGUGCGCCGGCCGAGCGGCGGCGCUCACCCCCGCAUUGUCUCUCGCACCGUUCGUGUCAUUUCUACGCAGAAUGAUGCCUCGGCCAAAGACUGCAAAAUACAUUAGUUAAAGCCACGCA